AUGGAGGAGCAAAAUAAUAAUUAUCACCUUUUGUCGUCUCGCUGUUUGCUAUCAACGCUUCACUUGGUCGACAAUUCGCCAAAUAAUCAUAAAUCUCCGGCUUGCGGUAUUGCGCCAAAGGACGAACCAGAUAUUAAAUAUGAUGAAGAGAAAACCGGCAUUCGAACUAUAUAUCCGGAAGGGUUUAAUGCGUCGUCCAUGCAUAAAGAUUCCAUCACGUCUAAUUUGACUGGGAGGGCGCAAGGAGAUAGCGGUGUCGCAGAUCCAUUGCAGUUUCCACUGCAGGCCACUGUUAUGCCAUCUUCUCAGACCGAUCAUAUGCAAUCGACUUGUGAAGAUAAUGAAAACUCUAACACUAGACAAGAAUUCAAGCUAAUAUCCGCACCAUUUCUUACACCAGACUCAAUUCCAACUACUGUGGCCGAUUGCUACAAUCACCCUGGUACAGAAAUUAACAAUUGCGAUGAAAACCUAAUGCAACUACGGCAAGCCAAUCAUCAUGACAGUGAUAAUAGCGAUUUGCCAUUGACGUCAUCGAAUGACGUAACUGCGGGUGAUUCGAUUGUGGGUACCGAUGAUCCUAUGUUUACCGCGGUCAGUAAUUGGUUAGGUACUUCGAAUUCUGCUCAAUGGGAGUUAUCGUUGAUCGAAACAAAUUCCAUCACUCAAAGCGUAAGUCCUACACACUUCUCACACUCCCCUACAAAAAGGUAUUCAAACGCUAGCGCUUGCGCAACCUCACUUAAGCAAAAUCCAGUUUCAGCUUCAAUGCCUGCUGCUAUGGCACGUCCUAUCCUAACAAUAUCGCCCAUUAUUGCGCAUUUUCUUGAAAGCAAAGUCCUCCACCAACGAUUGAACCUGCCAUCCGAAAUGCAACUAGAAUUUAUUAAUGAUGGCCAUGGCAUUAAAAAUCCUUUAAUCAUUGAAAAUAGUCGUCGACGUUAUCGUAAACGUACCAGCGGAACGAAUAGUAACAACGGUAACAAUGAAAUUGAAAAUAACAGCAAUAAUGGCGCGAAAUUUGUUUGCGGGAUUUGCUUAAAAGCACUAUCUUCGAAUAGUGCACUUAAUCGUCACGCGUGGUGUCAUUCUCCUAUGAAGCGUUAUUUAUGCACAUUUUGCAUUAAAGGUUUCAAUGACGCACACGAUUUGAAACGCCAUACUCGCACGCAUACGAAUGUUCGACCAUACAAGUGUAAUUUAUGUAAAAAGAGCUUCACGCAGAGAGCCGUAAUGGAAAAGCAUUGCUUACACGUGCAUGGAAUGCAAUCCAGUUAUGUCCUCAAUUAUCGACAAACUAAGUUGCAUGUCUGUGAACUAUGCGGUCAUACUACAUACGAAUCUGAAAUUCAUUAUCAACAUCUUAAAGAGAAUCAUCCAUACUCAACGCUUUUGCGUAAACUUUCAAAUUGA